CCGCUCGCAUUACUACGGAAGAAACGUCGUUGCUGGGAGCCAAUCAACGGUAUAUGCAACGCCUGUUGCGAAUCGUGGAGGAAACCAUGAAUACGUCUCCGGUUGACAUGAUGCUGAAAUUUACUCUCAGUGCCUUAUGGAACCUGACAGAUGAAUCUCCCAGCACUUGUGAAUCAUUCAUCAAAGCUGGUGGCCUUCUCCUGUUCAUAAAAAUCUUGAACAAACCGGAUUGCGAUAGUACAGUAAAGACGAAAAUCCUCGGCCUCGUGAAUAACAUCGCCGAGGUCAGUCCGUUACGGCGCAACCUCAUGGACAAGAGUCUCAUUGAUCGACUGAGGGAAUUGAUGAAGACGGAUCUCAUAGAAGUGAGUUAUUUUGCAGCCGGCGUUUUAGCGCAUAUGACGACGGACGGAGAAGAGCCUUGGUCGGUUGAUGGCGUUGCGCAUACGGACGUCCUUAAAGAUUUGGAAAUUGUCGGUGAAUGGGCAAUGCCGGAUGCAGAAAUGGUGGCAUAUCGAACUUUUCAGCCGUUUUUCCCGCUAUUGCGAACCACGUCACCUCAUGCUGUUCAACUUUGGGCCUUGUGGGCCAUGUUGCACGUUUGCAAAUGGAAUCGAUUGUGGGUGACACAUUUUUGA